AUGAUCAUUACUCCUAUUUCAGUAUCGACAGUAGCUCAGAGCAACAAAACGCAACUGCACGUGCAAUUUGGACCACAGGAUACGACCGUUAUUGUAGGCGAUAGUAAAAAUGUAACGCUACGACUGCACGGACCCCUAUCCGUGCGAGUAACCGUCAACUUCACCCAAACGAAUGUCACUAACGGCAUGGACUAUGUGCAACUGACGCCCGAUACAAUCGAAUUCGAUCCUCCCACAUCGAACUUUAUCGAUCGUUCCGAGCGAGUGACACUGCGCGGAUUGCGGGCAGGAAUCUUCGACCUGCUGGCUCACCUAUCGCCGCCUAGCGAACUCAUCGACCUAAGCCAAGCGUUCGUGCGCGUGACCGUAGCCAAAUCGUGGACCCUAAUCAGCGUGUCGUCCGUGAUCGGAUGGUGGUACUUCCUAGCCUGGACAUGGUCAUUCUGGCCGCAGAUAUGGGAAAAUCGUACCCGUGCCAGCGUAGUGGGUCUUUCGUUCGAUUACCUCGCGCUGAAUUUAUUAGGCCACACAAUGUAUGCAGCGUUCAACUGUGCGUUGUUUUGGAACGGUUCCGUACAGGCGGAGUAUCUGCGGCGUAAUCCAAGAGGGUUAAUACCGGUGCUAGCGAACGAUGUGGCCUUUUCGUUGCAUGCCACAUUCGCCACUGGGCUAAUUAUUGUGCAGUGUUUCUUCUACGAGCGUGGCCAACAGAAAGUGUCCUACAUAGCACGUAUGCUGAUGACUGUCUUUGCGCUGAUUGUACUGAUAUCGGGCGUAUUGGUUGCGACCGGUACGUACCAUUGGUUGGAUUUCUUCUACAACCUCAGCUUCAUCAAGCUCGCCGUAACGUUGGUGAAGUACAUACCGCAGGCCGUACUAAACUAUCGCCGCAAAAGCACCAUUGGCUGGAGCAUUGGUAACGUACUGUUAGACUUUAUCGGAGGAUCCUUUAGCAUGGUGCAAAUGCUAAUCAACGGAUACAAUUAUGACGAUUGGGAUUCCAUCUUCGGGGAUGGUGCCAAGUUUGGGUUAGGGCUCUUCUCCGUUCUGUUUGAUGUGCUGUUCAUCGUGCAGCAUUACAUCCUGUACAGAAACUCCAACUACAUUGAACUACAAGGCGAGAGUUACCCCGGUCCCGGGAGUGUUACUACCGCUCCCAGACAGAGUGUUUCUACUUAA